AUGCAGGAAGUCGUCUUAUGUGCUGCUGCACCCCAGGCCUCUAGCUCUGGUUCAGGCGCAAUCGUUCUACAUGACGUCCAGACCGGUACCUCGCUUGCUUCCUUCAAACAAUCAAAUUCUGGACCACACUGCAUAUCAUUCGUCGAAACGCGCGAUGGCCAAGGAGGAUUCAUACUUGCGGCACAGCACGAGAAAUCAAUCCUAAACGUCUACAACUUCCAAAAACACCAACUCGCCUUUAAAAUAAUCCUUCCUGAAAGGCCUUCGUGCCUCACGGUGGAUAAUUCGGGAACUUUCUGCGCGGGAGGGACGACCCAAGGCCGAAUAUAUCUCUGGGAGGUCGCAUCAGGCAUCUUGUACAACUCCUGGGACGCCCACUAUCGCCGCAUCAAUGUCCUCACAUUCACCCAUGACGGUGCUGCUCUUAUUUCAGGUAGUGAAGAUUCUGGUGUUAGCAUUUGGUCCGUGGCAAGAAUCGUCGAUGAAGACACGCAAAACGAGCUUCCGACCCCAUAUUGCACGCUAUCAGAUCACACCUUACCAGUAAAAGACAUCGUUUGCGGCCUCGGCGCAUUCCCUACUUGUCGCGUGCUCACCGCGUCCCUCGAUCAUACUGUCAAGCUCUGGGAUCUGUCUUCUCAGUCGCUGUUGACUACCUUCUACUUCCCUAAACCCAUAUCAUCAAUGGUUUGGGAUAUUACCGAACACUUAUUUUUCGCUGCUUCACUGGAUGGCUCCAUAUACCAAGUCAACCUUUUCCGCCAGCGAACCGAAAAACACGCUGGUCAGACAAUCGAAGCUGUCGGAGGCGCAGGCGUCAGUGAUCUCAUCCGUGUCGCCGACGAGGACAGCAAUAGUCGAAAGUGUCUCAUAACAGUCGGCCAACCAAUAACAGUUCUCAUCAUCUCCCUCACCAGCUCGCUUCUUCUUGUGGGCACUUCCACGGGGCUCAUCCACAUCUACGACAUUGCCUCCCACCAGCUCCUUCGGAUCAUCUCGACGCACAAGGGCAUGUCAAUAUCCCAUCUCGCGACCAUGCUCAAACCGCCUGACCUUGUCGGACACAUCAGCCUGUCCCUCGGUCUUGGAAGUUCCGCCGAUGCGAAAGAUAUCAUUCCUAUGCGCCCUGUCGUGCCGUUCCACCGCAUAAAAGAUUCAAACGCUUACGAUUACCCCGAAGCCGAAUUCCAACGAGAUUACGCGUUUUUCGUGCAACCGGACGCGAUUAGCACCUCGGAAGCAUCGAGUGCACGCGUUGCUAGACUUGAAGUUGAGGUAGAGAACUUGCGAGAACAACUUUGGAAGGCGAAGGGGAUUAACGACGUGAUGUGGGAGACAAUUGUGCGGAAAGUCAUGACACAGGAAAAACGAGAAGCGGUUGUGGAAGGCGAGGACGUAGAGAAGCCAAAAAAGAAGGGUAAGAUUAACUUGCUACCCAACCAAUCGUUCUAA